AAACCCUAAUCUCCAUUUCUUAACAAUUACAGUAUCAUGAAAAACUCUGCUAUGAUUUUCCUUUCUUUUCCACUUCUCCUUCUUCAAACUUUCAACGGAGUUAAAGCCGGCUUCCUCUGCGUCGGAAGCACCUUCCCCGCUAACAGUAGCUACCGCGAAAACCGUGACUCUCUCUUCUCCUCUCUUGCUUCUAAAGUCAUCACAAACGGUGGAUUCUACAACGCUUCACUCGAUAGAGUUCACGCUCUUGCACUCUGUAGAAGAGACUACGAGCGGCAAGCUUGUAUCAACUGUGUCGAAAAAGCCAUUCGACAGAUUAAAAAUAGUUGUCCUGAUCGCGUUGAAUCGUUCGAUUGGGACAGUGACGAUGCAGAGCAAGUUUCUUGUCUUGUACGUACCGCAAAUCAUUCAACUUUUCGAAAACUCGAACUUGGACCAGCUACGAAUGACCCGAGUCCCGUUAGUAUCGACUCAUCCUUCAACAACAUGACCCUUUUCCGCCAAGAAUGGGAAGCAAUGGUUAACCGAACCCUUGAGGCUGCAACCGUUGACACUUCCACAUCGGUUCUCAAGUAUUAUGGAGUUGUAAAAGCAGAGUUUGUGGAGUUUCCAAAUGUUUAUAUGAUGAUGCAAUGCACACCGGACAUAACUUCAGGCGAGUGCAGGACAUGUUUGGAAGAAUGCGUCAAGUAUUUUAGAGAUAUGUCUUGGGGAAAACAAGGAGGCAGCGUUUGUCGACCGAGCUGUGUUUUCCGAUGGGAUAUGUAUGCUUUUUCCGGGGCUUUCGCCAAUAUAACAAGAGUUCCGGCGCCUCCUCGAGCUUUGAUUCCUCAAGCACAAGCAAUCUCUGUGACUAGCUUUAUAGGAAGAAUUAUCGCGAUAGUUGUGGUUCCUACCGUCAUUAAUCUUUUCGUGCUUAUUGGUUUGAUCAGAGCUUAUGGUCAGAUGAGAAAAUCGAAAAACGAAAUCAUCAGUGAAUGUGAAGAGGAGCACUGUAUUUCUGAUGGUCAAGUUAUGCUACGGUUUGAUCUUGGAAUGAUUCUAACUGCAACCAAUAACUUCUCUCUUGAAAACAAGCUUGGACAAGGUGGAUUUGGAUCUGUCUACAAGGGAUUAUUACCGAGCGGGCAAGAAAUAGCCGUAAAGAGAUUAACAAGAGGUUCAGGACAAGGAGAUAUGGAGUUUAGGAAUGAGGUCUUACUCUUGACAAGACUCCAACACAGGAAUCUGGUUAAGCUUCUUGGGUUUUGUAAUGAAGGAGAUGAAGAGAUUCUUGUCUAUGAGCAUGUCCCUAAUUCAAGUCUUGAUCACUUCAUAUUCGAUGAUGAGAAGCGUUUGCUACUAACGUGGAAUGUGAGGUACAGAAUUAUUGAAGGCGUAGCGCGAGGUCUUCUUUAUCUACACGAAGAUUCUCAGCUGAGGAUUAUUCACCGAGACUUGAAGGCCAGCAAUAUUCUUUUAGAUGCUGGGAUGAACCCUAAAGUUUCAGACUUUGGCAUGGCGAGGUUAUUUAGCAUAGAUCAGUCUCGAGGAGUGACAAGGAGACGCGUUGGAACCCUUGGCUAUAUGGCUCCUGAAUACGUUAGGAAUGGAAGAUUUUCAGUGAAAACAGACGUUUACAGUUUCGGGGUUGUGCUUUUGGAGAUGAUAGCCGGUCAAAGUAAUCAGAACUACUUCGAAGCCUUGGGGCUCCCUGCACAUGCAUGGAAGUGUUGGGUUGCGGGAGAGGCGGCGAGUAUCAUCGAUCCUGUCUUGAGUAGGAACUCGACAAACGAGAUCAUGAGAUUCAUCCACAUUGGUUUGUUGUGUGUUCAAGAGAAUGUUGCAAAGAGACCGACCAUGAGUUUGGUUAUUCAAUGGCUUGGUAGUGACACUAUCUCGAUUCCUUUACCUACAGCUGCUGGUUUCACCACCACACAUCUUCCCGUAGAAUUGCAUAGAACCGAUGCAACGAAUCAAGCCAAAGGCGAAGCUGGUGCUCUUUCAUUGAACGAGUUAUCUAUCACCGAGUUAAGUCCUCGUAUGGGAAAUAGAUGGGUUAUGACUACUUCCCUCUCGCUUCUCCUUCUCUUCCUUCAAAGCCUAAAAUAUGUUCACGCCGGUUUCAUCUGCUAUGGCGAAUUUUCCACCGUUAAGUACGGCGUCAAUCGAAACACUCUCUUCUCUUCUCUUCCUUCUAACGUCGUCACUAACGGCGGUUUCUACAACGCUUCACUCGGCAGAGAUUCCGGAAACAACAGAGUCCAUGUUGUCGCUUUAUGCAGACGAGGCUACGAGAACCAAGCUUGUAAGACAUGUCUCGAGCACGCCAUUGAAGACACCAAAGCCAAGUGUCCUCACCAAAAGGAGUCGUUCUCGUGGGUCACUCAUGAACCCGACGACGUUUCUUGCAAUCUACGUUACACCAAUCACUCGACUUUCGGCAAGCUAGAGCUCUCACCAUUUACUAUCAACCCGAAUCCAGAUUCAUUUAAAGUCAAGAACAUGACCCUUUUAAGCCAAGAAUGGACUGCAAUGGCUAACCGGACACUCGAGGCUGCUUCUACCGCUGAGACUUCAUCAGUCCUCAAAUACUAUAACGCCACAAGAACAAAGUUCACAGAGAUUUCAGAUGUUUACGCGCUUAUGCAAUGCACGCCUGAUCUAUCGCCAAGUGACUGCAAGAGAUGUCUUAGAGAGUGUGUGAUUGAGUUUCAAAGGAAGUAUUGGGGAAGACAAGGAGGUGGAGUUGGUCGGCCUAGCUGUUAUUUCCGGUGGGAUCUUUAUCCUUUUUAUAAAGCUUUUGAUAAUGUUACAAGAGUUCUUGCUUUUCCUCCUACUCAAGCUUCCUCGGCUACUCUGCACUGCGAGACAGACGAUAAAGGUCUUAAAGGAAGAAACAUUGCAGUCAUUGUGGUCCCUGCAAUCGUUAAUUUCUUCAUAUUUGUUUGUUUAAUCUGUUCUUGGAAGAGAAAGUCGCCACACACCGGAAUCAAAGAGUCUUCUACUUCAAAUGAUGGUCAAUCUAUGUUACGGUUUGAUCUUGGAAUGAUUCUUACUGCAACCCAUGACUUCUCUCCUGAAAAGAAGCUUGGCCAAGGUGGAUUUGGAUCUGUCUAUAAGGGAUUAUUACCGAGCGGGCAAGAAAUAGCGGUAAAGAGAUUAACAAGAGGUUCAGGGCAAGGAGAUAUGGAGUUCAAGAAUGAGGUCUUACUCUUGACAAGACUCCAACAUAGGAAUCUGGUUAAGCUUCUUGGGUUCUGUAAUGAAGGAGAUGAAGAGAUUCUUGUCUAUGAAUUUGUCCCCAAUCUAAGCCUUGACCACUUCAUAUUUGAUGAAGAUAAACGCUGGCUUCUUACAUGGGAUGUGAGGUACAGAAUCAUACAAGGAGUAGCAAGAGGGCUUCUUUAUCUACAUGAAGACUCACAGUUGAGGAUUAUUCACCGGGAUUUGAAGGCAAGCAAUAUUCUUUUAGAUGCGGAGAUGAACCCUAAAGUUGCAGAUUUUGGGAUGGCGAGGCUAUUCAACAUGGACCAGACUCGUGGACAGACAAGCAGAGUAGUUGGAACCUAUGGAUAUAUGGCUCCAGAAUACGCGACAUACGGACAGUUCUCAGCCAAAUCUGAUGUUUAUAGCUUUGGUGUUAUGCUUCUGGAGAUGAUUUGUGGCAAAAGAAACAAAGACUUGAAACAAGAAGAAGAAGAAGGGGAAGAGGAAGGGCUUCCAGCUUUUGUGUGGAAGAAGUGGAUUGAAGGAAAAUCAGCAGAGAUCAUUGAUCCUUUGGCUGCGCUGAGUAACAACAUCUCAAUAAACCAAGUAAUGAAGCUUAUUCACAUAGGUUUAUUGUGUGUUCAAGAGGAUUUUUCCAAAAGGCCUACCAUUAAUUCAAUCCUCGUAUGGCUUGAAAGUCACGCUGCUACCACCAUGCCUUUUCCCACAAAUGUUGCUUUUCUUACAGAGCCAUCAUCACCAUCACCAUCACAAUCACCAUCACCAUCGCCAUCACCAUUACUGCACCACUGAAUCAAGCAUGUUUGUAUACUUCUUUGGCCCUCUUUGUACAAUUAAUGAGAUGCCGUGUAGUGCAAACAAACGUCAUGUUUUUUUUUUUAAGCUUGUAAUAAGGGAGGCUCGUAUUAUCAGUUUUUUAA